AUGUCCGGAAGAGGAAAAGGCGGCAAAGGUCUUGGAAAAGGAGGCGCUAAGCGUCACCGCAAAGUUCUCCGUGAUAACAUCCAGGGUAUUACUAAACCCGCCAUCCGCCGUUUGGCUCGCCGUGGCGGUGUGAAGCGUAUUUCCGGCUUGAUCUACGAGGAGACCCGCGGUGUGCUCAAGGUUUUCCUUGAGAACGUCAUCCGUGAUGCCGUCACCUACACCGAGCACGCCAAGAGAAAGACCGUCACCGCAAUGGACGUGGUGUACGCUCUGAAACGCCAGGGACGCACCCUACCGACUGCUGUCCAUGUUCAGAGCGGACAGAACGCGAUGGCAAGAACCAAGCAGACCGCUCGUAAAUCCACCGGUGGUAAGGCGCCGAGGAAGCAGCUCGCCACUAAGGCUGCCCGCAAGAGCGCCCCGGCUACUGGCGGUGUGAAGAAACCUCACCGUUACAGGCCAGGUACCGUGGCUCUGCGUGAAAUCCGCCGUUAUCAGAAGUCCACUGAGCUGCUCAUCCGCAAGCUGCCCUUCCAGCGCCUGGUUAGAGAGAUCGCUCAGGACUUUAAGACCGAUCUGCGCUUCCAGAGUUCUGCCGUCAUGGCUCUGCAGGAGGCCAGUGAGGCUUACCUGGUCGGCCUGUUCGAGGACACCAACCUAGCAGUAACGAUGUCCGGUAGAGGAAAAGGCGGCAAAGGUCUUGGAAAAGGAGGCGCUAAGCGUCACCGCAAAGUUCUCCGUGAUAACAUCCAGGGUAUUACUAAACCCGCCAUCCGCCGUUUGGCUCGCCGUGGCGGUGUGAAGCGUAUUUCCGGCUUGAUCUACGAGGAGACCCGCGGUGUGCUCAAGGUUUUCCUUGAGAACGUCAUCCGUGAUGCCGUCACCUACACCGAGCACGCCAAGAGAAAGACCGUCACCGCAAUGGACGUGGUGUACGCUCUGAAACGCCAGGGACGCACCCUGUACGGAUUCGGGGGUUAA